AUGGACGACGAACGACUACCCAAACGACUCUUCUACGGAGACGUCGCGACGGGUUCCCGCCGCCAAGGAGGCCAAAUUCGCCGUUACAAGGAUACCCUGAAGUUCUCCCUGAAGCGUUUACAAAUCAACCCGACCAACUGGGAAUAUCUCGCACACGAUCGACCGACCUGGAGGAGGGCAGUGAAGACAGGCGCUGCGAUCUACGAAGCCAACCGCAUCGCUGCCGCCAAAGUGAAACGCGAAGCCCGCAAAUCCCAACUGCGCCCAGUCCGCAACGCCGCCGCACAACCGCUUCCAACGUGUUCUCUAUGUCAACGGACAUUCCGGGCUCGAAUAGGACUUGUUGGACACCUUCGGAUCAACUGCGCCUCUCGGACUGCACCAACCAUCGUCCCCCUGCCCGCCUCUUUCUCGUCCUCUCUGCCGCCAACUAACUCUGACCAUUCUUCUGUACCACCACUUCCAUUCUACUCCUCCUCCUCCUCUGCUACAACGACGGCCGCUCAGGCGACCAUUUCGCACAUCAUCAACCAUGGCACAAACUCCGACACCCCCCCACUACCUUCGACUCGAGCGAUGAGGAUCAGAACUAUGCCUGUCCUGACUGCGACCGCACUUUCACCUCACACAUCGGUCUGGUCGGUCACUUGCGAAUCCAUCGCACAGAGACUGACGAACCAGUGCCUGGAGCACCAACCUACACCGACCGCACUCGCCUCCACUGCUCACACAGCCCUCGCACAUUCACGUAUCGCAUGGGUCUAUUCGGCCACAUGCGCAUUCACGAGAGCGGAAUUGACCGCAAUACCGACUCAUCCAUCAUGCCAAACCCCACGCCCACUUAAUCACCCUACGCCCCCACCGCCCUUCCUGCAAAUGACACCGACACCACCGAAUUCACCUGCCCACACUGCCCACGCACGUUCACCUCUCGAAUAG